AUGCUCAUUGUCUACUUGUAUGUUGAUGAUCUUAUAUUUACUGGAAAUUGUGAUGCCAUGUUUAAAGAAUUCAAGAAGUCUAUGAUGGAUGAGUUUGAAAUGUCUGAUCUUGGUAUAAUGCAUUACUUUCUUGGCAUAGAAGUAGUACAAUCAAGUGAUGGGAUCUUUAUUUCUCAAAAGAAAUAUGUGGGAGAAAUUUUGGAUAGGUUUCAGAUGAAGGAUUGUAAUCCUGUAAACACUCUAAUUGAGUUUGGCUUAAAGCUACACAAAGAUCACGAAGGGAAGAAGGUUGACAGCAAACUUUACAAACAAAUUGUGGGCAGUUUGAUGUAUCUAACUGCAACAAGACCAGACAUAAUGUAUUCUAUGAGUUUAAUCAACAGAUAUAUAGAGAAUCCUACAAAAAUGCAUUUGUUAGUUGCCAAGAGAAUUCUUCGUUACUUGCAAGGAACUAGAGACUUUGGGCUAUUUUACAAUAAGGGUGAAAAGUCCAAUGUGCUAGGGUUUACUGACAGUGAUUAUGCAGGAGAUCAAGAUGAUAGGAGGAGCACUUCGGGUUAUGCUUUUAUGUUUGGUACAGGCGCUAUUUCGUGGUCAUCCAAGAAGCAACCAAUUGUCAUCUUGUCAAGUACAGAAGCUAAAUUUGUUGCUGCUACAACUUGUGCUUCUCAAGCUAUUUGGCCAAGGAGAAUUCUUGAGGAGCUGCAAUUCAAGCAACCGGGAGCUACUAAAAUUUUUUGUGACAACAACUCAGCAAUCAAACUCUCCAAGAAUGGAAGAAGCAAGCACAUUGAUGUGAAAUUUUAUUUCUUGAGAGAUCUUAGCAAUGAUGGAACAAUUGAUCUAAUCUACUACAGGAGUGAAGAUCAGGUUGAUGAUAUAUUCACCAAGGCCCUCAAGAUGGAGUCGUUCGUGAAGCUCAUAAGGAAACUAGGUAUCUGCACGCUGAAAACAGUUAAAGUUUUAAACUGA